AUGCAAAACUCAGGUGGCUUUGAUAUAUGUUUUCCUUCUGGUGAUAAAAAUUUGGAGUCAAACUGUAGUAUAGAAGAAGUGGAUGCUAUAGUUCCACCUAUUAUGAAUGUUACUCCAACAAUUGAUAAGGAGAAAGGAUUUACUGGUCUUCUGGAAUCACCUAAGGAGUUUCCUUCUUUAUCUGUGGAUAAAAUUAUUGAUGUGGGUGCAAGUGUGCAUGCUUUACAUUCAGUUGUGGAAAUUCCUUCUAGUGUAACAGCUGUAGAGCAAAUAACAGAACCAGUUGUAUCAACUGAGAUACUAACUGCUCAAGUCUUAUCAACAAUAAACACUGAAGUAACAAAUACAGAUGGCUGGAAGGAAGUAACUGGUACAAAUACAAAUUUCAGAAAAGUGGAUACUUCAAAUUCAGGUAAAGGUUUUGUCUCUCCAAGUAAAUUUCAAGCACUUAUUGAGGUAGCUGAAAAACAGGAUCAUAUUUUUUCUAAAGUGAUCAGCAAACCUGUUAAAGGUAAGAAUGUUAAAGGUGUUCCUAAUGUUAUAACUAGAAAACAAGCUAGUACUUCAGUCAAAUCAAAUGUUAAUAUGGAGGUACAAGUACUUCUCAAUCCUUCUUUAUUGUGGGUAGCUGAACCUAAAAUAAAAGUAUCUGGUGGUGGAAUUAAGAGUUUGAAUUUAGUUGGGAUGAGUAAAAUGAUCAUACACAAUUCUAGUGAUACUGCAAAGGGUAAUAUAUGGCUUUUUUGGAAUUCUUCUUUAUCUAAACCAGUAGUGAUUUCAUCUUCAAGUCAAGCUAUUACUGUUAAAGUGGGUGAUGUUAUGGUUACUGUGAUUCAUGCAGCAAGCAUUACUGCAGACAAAAUAGUUUUAUGGGAAGAGAUGAUAGAAAUUAGUCAAAUGAACUAUCCAUGGAUGAUAAUUAGGGAUUUUAAUGUUGUGCUGAGUUAUGAUGAAAAAGUUGAAGGAAGAAGACCACUCAGAGUAUCAAUGCAGGAUUUUAGAGACUGUCUAGAGUCUUGCAAUUUAAUUCAAUCCACAAGAACUGGAAUCAAAUAUUCUUGGUGCAAUAAUAGAGUUGGUAAAAAGAGAAUUUUGUGUGAUCUUUAUAAAGCAUUCUAUAACCUUAAAUGGUUGGAAAAAUAUGAUGGUUGGUCAUACAAAGUAUGUGUAAAAGGAACAUCAGAUCAUGGUCCCCUAUUUGGUUCUAUUGUGAAUACUUGUAGGCCUGUGAAUGCCCCUUUUAGGUAUCAACAUAUUUGGACUUCUCAUCUUGGUUUUAUUGAAGUGAUAAAAAAUGCAUGGAAUGAAGCAAGUUCAGAUGCAGAUCCUGAAAAUGUUGAGCUAUUAAACAAACUGGUAACAGCAAGGGGGAGACAUGAAAUUGCUUCUCAACAAUAUAAUGAAUUAAUGAGGGCCAAGUCAAGAGUGAAAUGGAUAAAGGAGGGUGGUGCAAAUACAACUUUUUUUCAUGCAACUAUUAAAUUAAGGCAAUCUCAAAACAAUAUUACUGAACUGGAAAGCACUGAAGGCAAUGUGGUAUGUGAACAAUCUCAAAUUGUAGAUAUUUUGGUUGAUAAUUAUACAAAGAAAUUUGAAUAUCAGAAUAUUACAAUUCAAGAAGAGAUUUUGGAUGUAGUUCCUAAAGUUCUAAAUGAUGAAGAUAACAACUUCCUUGAUACUGUUCCCACUGCAAUGGAAAUAAAAGAAGCAGUUUUUAACAUGAAUGCAAAUAUUGCUCCAGGGCCAGAUGGAUUUCCUGGCUGUUUCUACAAGUUUGCAUGGGACAUUAUUGGUGCAGAGUUAAUUGAAGCAUUACGAUUCUGUUGGACUCACAUAUUUAUACCUAAAGGUGCAUUUAUUAAAGGGAGGAAUAUUCAUGAUAAAAUUGUGUUAGCUUCUGAAAUGAUUAAUGAACUCAAUAUUAAGAGGAGAGGUGGAAAUGUUGGGCUUAAACUGGAUAUAACUCAAGCAUAUGAUUCAUUGAGUUGGGAAUUUUUGUUUGAAGUACUUAGAAGAUUUGGAUUUUCUGAAAUUGGUAUUAGUUGGCUCAGGAAAAUAUUUGAAUCUGCAAAGAUCUCUGUACUUGUCAAUGGUGGUCCAUUUGGUUUUUUUGGUGUUGGAAGGGGUUUUAGACAAGGUGAUCCAUUGUCACCCAUUUUAUUCAUUCUUGCAGAGGAAGUGCUUCGCAGAAAUAUAUCAAAAAUGGUGCAGGAGGGUAAGAUACAAGCAAUGGUGACUAGAGGUAAUUUUCAACCUUCACACUUAAUGUUUGCUGAUGAUAUUUUCAUUUUCUGCAAUGGCCACAAAAAAUCAUUGGAUAACUUAAUGAAUUUAUUGAGUAAAUAUCAAAAUUCAUCUGGGAAAGUGGUGAAUAGAAACAAAAGUAAAUGUUUUGUUGGUGGAGUUUCACAUGCAAUAAGAAUUGAAAUAGCUGAAUACCUGCAAAUGGGAUUAUCUGAGCUGCCUGAUAAUUACUUGGGGGUCAUUUUAAAUCCUGGCAGAGUAAAAUCAUAUCAAGUUUGGGAGAUGGUAGAAUUAAUGGAGAAGAUGUUAGCUGGUUGGAUGGUCAAAAAGCUAGUUACUAUGAAAUGGGAUCAAGUUAAUGCUCCAAUAAUGGAAGGUGGUUUGGGUUUAAGGAGAUUGGAGGUGAUGAAUAAAGCUUUGUUAAUGAAACUUUUGUGUAAAAUUGAAACAAAGGAGGUGGAGUGGACUCAGUUCAUGAGAAAUAAAUACAAGAUUAAAAAUAAUGAAUGGAUAUCAUCUUACAGACAAUCAUCAAUUUGGCAAGGAAUUAAAUGA